CCUGUCGGCACUCUUGAAGGAUGGCAAUUUUGUCACUUCCAGUUCCGCGGAUCUCCCUCGCUUCUUCUUUCACUCGUCUAGACAAGCCUUACAGCCCACCCAGUUUCGUUUAUCGAUAUUAAAUCGAGUAAAUAUAUAUAUAUUUAUAUCUACGUAUACAUAUUCGGUGAUCAAGUCGGAAAAUGACACCGCCGCUCAUCACCCUUGAGGAACACUUCUUCUCGUCCGCGGUGCCCGACAGCCUCAAGCAAGCGUACUCGGAGCAACUCAAACAUGUCCCCGGCAUCUUUGACAAACUGUGUGAUCUUGGCGACCUGCGACUGCGUGACAUGGACACCGGCCGGAUAUCGCUGCAAGUCGUCAGCCACGCACCGGGCCUGACUGACCCAGCAGCCUGCCGCGCUGCCAACGACCAGCUCGCAGCUGCCAUCCGAGCGGAGGAGACGCGUGCAGGCGGCAGCGCGCGCGAAGCCAAAAGCCGCUUUGCCGGCUUUGCUGUCGCUCCCAUGGGUCACCCACAGGAGGCCGCUGCCGAGCUGCGGCGUGCCGUCGCCGAGCUGGGCUUCGUCGGCGGCCUGGUGGACAACCAUUACGACGGCAAGUUCUUUGACGGGCCCGAGUACGACCCGUGGUGGGCUGCUGUUGAAGGGCUCGGGGUGCCCGUGUAUCUGCACCCCAACUGGCCCAGCGACGACAUGGCGCCGCGCUACCGGGGCAACUUCAGCGACGCUGCCGCCAUGAGCAUGGGAUCCAGCGGCCUGGCGUGGCACACUGACACGGCGCUGCAUGUCUUGCGCCUCUUCGCGUCGGGCCUGUUUGACCGGCGGCCGCGGCUCAAGCUGGUCAUCGGCCACUUUGGCGAGACCAUCCCGUUCAUGCUACAGCGGAUCCAGAUGCUGAGCCGCCGGUGGGGCGACUUCCGCCGCGACUUCAAGACCGUCUACGACGAGAACAUCUGGAUCACUACCAGCGGCGUCUGGAGUCUAGACCCCCUGAGGUGCAUUCUGGCCAAUACGAAGCUGGACCAUAUCCUGUACAGCGUUGACUACCCAUUUCAGGGGAACGCGGUCGGACUGGAGUGGAUCAAGGAGCUGGAGGAGUGCGGCCUUGUCAACGACGAGCAGCUCAGGGCCAUUGCCUACGAAAACGCCGAGAAGCUCCUGGGAAUAAAGGCGCCCCGUGUGGACGAGAAAUAAAACGCUAGCUACUCAGUUGGCCAUGCCAAUGAAGUAGAUGCACUUGUUCACCUUUUCUUUCUUACUUCUCCUCUCGGCUUUUUGCCUUAGGUGAACCAAUAUGGGGUCAAGUUCGACCCGUGAUAUAUUUCUCCCGGUUUUCUCCUGGACACGAAUCAUUUUGCUCUUCGUGGCUUAAAAGUAUUGUUUUCAGAUUCGAUAUCAUGUGCCUCCACAUUCGGAAGCACCGAAGGUG